AUGCCUCUGAUAAACGGGCAGAAGAUGGCCUGUGAGCCGUGCAUCCGAGGCCAUCGCUCCACCAAAUGCACACACGCCUCUGAGCGGCUCAUGGUCCCCGUGCGUAAGCCAGGGCGACCGCUCAGUUCGUGUCCGCAUCCCUCGUCACAGCUUUGCGGCUGUGCUGCCGUUACGGCUGCCUUCCCCAAGAAACAGAAAUGCCGCUGUGGCACUUCAGAAAAGGCGCCUGGCCGCAAGGCGGGAGACCAGGAGAGUCCAGAGACGUCCAACGGAUUGGUCACGCCUCCAAGCCCAUCCACGAAAGGAUCCGCAACAAAACCAGCAUACCGCGUGCAGAAAACAAACUCCAAGACUGCCUCUGGCAGGAAACCCAUCGACGCUGCAAGCUUGGAGAGAAUAGAUGCGAGCCAGCUAAACAUUCUAUCAUCUCCUGAAUCGAGGUCUCCACAAUCGCCCAACGGCAGCAUACCCACAAUACCUAUCGGCCAUGGCAUAAUGGGCUUUGUCCCAAAUGGUAAUGCUUUCAACCCUGGCCCAGCUUUAUUUCCUUCAUACCAGGAGGUAGCGUCAGCGAAUCCCAUCGCCGACCACACUGCACCCAAACCGGCACCGUCGAAUGGCCACGCUCACGUCACGAAUGGACAAACUACCCCCCCGGCAGCCGGAAGUUGCUGCGGGAGUGGGAAAUCGACAGCUACCCAAGCAGAUGAACAGCAGACGCCCAUGCCAAACGGGAAACCCAUCAUUAAGAGCGAGCCUGGAAGCUGUUGCUCAUCUGGAGCGGAAAAGCCCGAGAUCAAGCCACACAAACAUAUGCCCAACCAGGUUAACGGCCUGAUGAUGCCGCAGUUUAAUAUUCCGAUGGGCAUGCCAAAUGCCGUGUAUCCUUACAUGGUUCAACCCACUAUAUUCGCAUAUCCACCACAUUACGGCUCUUAUCUUCAACCUCUUCAACCUGAUCAGUAUAGGCAGUUGGUGAUGAUGAAUAUUCCCCAACCAAUGGCGAAUAUUCAGGCUAUGCCAUAUAAUGCGGCCGGCCCGUUGCAGUUGUCUCAGUCCAAUGGCUUGGAGGCGGAUUCAUGGACAGGCCACCAGUGCGACUGCGGAGACUCGUGCCAGUGCGUAGGCUGUGCUACACACCCGUACAACCAACCGACGCAGAAUUACGUGCGGUCUGCCAUGAGCAUUGGAGAGGAUGCGUAUAAGCGUCACAGGCAUUCUGAAAGUGCCCAGAGCAUUCCCAACGGCAAUUACGAGACGGUCUCGCCCGCUAACCACUCGCCGAAUGGCGCUUCGACGCCCGUCAUGGCCAAGGUGGAAGGAACCAUGUCGCCGACAAUGGCGCAGACGCCUUCAGAGGCCAACUCGAGCAUUGGCGAGGAGCCAAUCUUGUCGGCGAAUGACUUUUUCUUCGUUAGCUACCCCUUUGGCGACUCGUGUGAAGGAGAGAUGGCCAGCUGUCCCUGCGGGGAUGACUGCCAGUGUAUUGGCUGCGCCAUACACAAUAGUUCCGCUUCAGCCGAUUUCGAAGGCGUUGAACUUGGACUAUGA